UCUUCCUCUUCCUCUUCCUCGAUACGUAUAUUGCAUCUGUAUCUAUAUGUAUACACGAUAACAUCAUCUCCAUCUUCUUCUGUCAUUUUCAAAUUCGUUUUAUUUUCAAUUUAUCACAUUUUCGUUUUAUUUCCCGUACGUCGGACCUCCCUCGUCCGCCGGUAUCACGGCCAUGGGGACGUCAACAAUUCUCCCAGAUCUCGGAACUCAAAUCGUAAUCCCACUCUGCGCCGCCAUAGGAAUCAUAUUCUCUCUCAUCCAAUGGUUUCUUGUCUCCAAGAUCAAGCUGGCGCACGAGAAACCUUCCCCCAAAAAUGGCUUCAAUGAAUCCUUGAUUGAGGAAGAAGAAGGUCUCAACGACCAUGCCGUUGUUCGUAAAUGUGCCGAAAUUCAAAACGCUAUCUCUCAAGGAGCAACGUCCUUCCUCUAUACCGAAUACCAAUAUGUUGGCGUUUUCAUGGUUGCUUUUGCGGUUUUGAUCUUUGUGUUCCUUGGCUCAGUCGAGGGUUUCAGCACCAGUAGCCAGCAAUGCACGUACGAUAGCAGCAAGCUCUGCAAACCCGCUCUUGCAACUGCCAUCUUCAGCACCAUAUCCUUUUUGCUUGGCGCAAUAACCUCCGUAAUAUCUGGCUUUCUUGGAAUGAAAAUCGCAACAUAUGCAAAUGUCAGAACUACCCUCGAGGCUAGAAAGGGAGUCGGGAAGGCUUUUAUCGUUGCAUUCCGUUCGGGUGCAGUCAUGGGGUUUCUUCUUGCUGCAAAUGGUCUCCUUGUCUUGUAUAUUGCUGUCAAUCUGUUCAAGAUUUAUUAUGGUGAUGAUUGGGAAGGUCUUUUUGAAGCUAUAACUGGUUAUGGACUUGGUGGAUCUUCCAUGGCACUUUUUGGCAGAGUUGGUGGUGGAAUCUAUACGAAAGCCGCUGAUGUUGGUGCUGAUCUUGUUGGCAAGGUCGAGAGGAACAUCCCCGAAGAUGACCCCAGAAAUCCUGCGGUUAUUGCUGAUAAUGUAGGUGACAAUGUUGGGGAUAUUGCUGGUAUGGGAUCCGAUCUUUUUGGUUCAUAUGCUGAGUCGUCUUGUGCUGCUCUUGUUGUUGCAUCCAUUUCCUCGUUCGGGAACAAUCAUGAUUUCACUUCAAUGAUGUACCCUCUCCUGGUGAGUUCCGUGGGUAUUCUUGUCUGUCUGCUCACUACCUUGUUUGCGACCGACUUCUUUGAAGUCAAGACUGUGAAGGAAAUCGAGCCUGCUUUGAAAAAUCAGCUCAUAAUUUCAACCGUCUUAAUGACUAUCGGCAUAGCACUUAUUAGUUGGAUUGCGCUUCCUCCUGUCUUCACCAUCUUCAAUUUUGGAAUCCAGAAAGAAGUUAAGAACUGGCAAUUGUUCUUAUGUGUUGGUGUUGGUUUAUGGGCUGGGCUUAUAAUUGGGUUCGUAACGGAGUACUACACGAGCAAUGCAUACAGGCCUGUGCAAGAUGUCGCUGAUUCUUGCCGAACAGGAGCCGCUACAAAUGUGAUAUUUGGUCUUGCUUUGGGGUAUAAAUCGUGUAUCAUUCCAAUAUUCGCGAUUGCAAUCAGCAUUUUUGUUAGUUUUAGUUUUGCUGCCAUGUAUGGCAUUGCUGUAGCUGCGCUUGGAAUGCUGAGCACCAUAGCCACUGGUUUAGCCAUUGAUGCAUAUGGCCCCAUUAGUGACAAUGCAGGAGGCAUAGCCGAAAUGGCUGGGAUGAGCCACAGAAUUCGCGACAGAACCGAUGCCCUUGAUGCUGCUGGAAAUACCACUGCUGCUAUUGGAAAGGGCUUUGCGAUAGGGUCUGCAGCACUUGUAUCCCUGGCCCUCUUUGGUGCGUUUGUGAGCCGAGCCGAAAUUACCACUGUAGAUGUUUUGACGCCAAAAGUUUUCAUCGGUCUGAUUGUGGGUGCCAUGCUUCCAUACUGGUUCUCAGCCAUGACGAUGAAAAGCGUUGGAAGCGCAGCGUUAAAGAUGGUGGAGGAAGUGCGAAGGCAGUUCAACACCAUUCCGGGACUCAUGGAAGGCACGGCCAAGCCUGAUUACGCCACCUGCGUCAAGAUAUCCACUGAUGCCUCCAUUAAAGAGAUGAUUCCGCCUGGUGCUCUUGUCAUGCUCACUCCUCUCAUUGUCGGCAUUUUCUUUGGCGUUGAAACGCUUGCUGGCGUUCUUGCUGGAGCCCUCGUCUCUGGUGUACAGAUUGCUAUAUCUGCAUCAAACACCGGUGGUGCUUGGGACAAUGCCAAGAAAUAUAUCGAGGCUGGUGGUUCUGAGCAUGCUCGAACACUUGGUCCAAAAGGGUCAGACGCCCACAAGGCGGCUGUGAUCGGUGACACGGUUGGGGACCCUCUGAAAGACACUUCUGGACCUUCUCUAAACAUCCUGAUCAAACUGAUGGCUGUUGAAUCCUUGGUGUUUGCACCGUUUUUCGCUACUCAUGGUGGUCUCCUGUUCAAGAUUUUCUGA